GAGAGAUACACACUAUAUAUAGCAGUUUUGGUGCUUGGAACCCGUGAAUAGAGAGAACAAAACCACCAAAAUGGCCGUUGGGGGAUUCGCCGUUGAUGCUCCAGCCAAUGGCUUAAACGGCAAGAUAACACUAUCAGUUGUCAUUACUUGUAUCGUUGCCGCAUCUGGUGGACUCAUUUUUGGAUAUGACAUCGGAAUUUCAGGAGGUGUGACUACGAUGGAACCAUUUCUAAAAAAAUUCUUCCCAGCAAUAUUGAAAAAGGCUGCUGGCGCCGAAACAAACAUGUACUGUGUGUAUGAUAGUCAGGUGUUGACAUUGUUCACAUCUUCUCUCUACCUAGCGGGGUUAGUGUCAUCUCUCCUAGCCAGCCAAGUCACCAAGUCGUUGGGUCGGAGAAACACCAUGAUCUUCGGCGGUUGCAUCUUUUUUGUGGGUGGAGCCAUUAAUGGUGCUGCUGCAAAUAUUGCUAUGCUCAUCUUGGGUCGUAUCUUGCUCGGCCUUGGGGUCGGUUUCACUAAUCAAGCUACGCCGGUGUACCUUUCAGAAAUUGCUCCACCAAAAUGGCGAGGUGCGUUUAACACAGGCUUCCAAUUCUUCAUAGGAGUUGGUGUGGUGGUUGCCAACUGCAUAAACUAUGGCACCGCCAGGCACACGUGGGGUUGGCGUCUUUCCCUUGGACUCGCCACUGUUCCUGCAACCGUUAUGACAGUUGGUGCCUUCCUAAUACCUGACACUCCCAGCAGCUUGGUGGAACGUGGCAAGAUAGACCAAGCAAGACAUGCCCUUCGCAAAGUGAGAGGUCCCACAAUUGAUGUGGAACCUGAAUUGGAACAAGUGAUUACGUUGUCACAAGUUUCAAAAGUCAUGGAGCAGGAGAGCUUUAUGACCAUAUUUGAGAAGCAGUAUCGACCUCAAUUGGUGAUGGCAUUUGCUAUCCCGUUAUCUCAGCAGCUUACGGGGAUCAACAUUGUCGCAUUCUAUGCACCUAACCUCUUUCAAUCUGUGGGUUUUGGCAACGACUCAGCAUUACUUUCAGCAAUUAUACUUGGACUCGUCAACCUUGCUUCUAUCCUAGUAUCUGCUGCUUUUGUUGAUCGAUUUGGUCGAAGAUUCUUGUUCAUACUGGGUGGCAUUCAAAUGCUUAUCUGUCAGAUUGCGGUAUCUGUUGUGCUAGCAAUGGUUACUGGUGUUCAUGGCACAGAGCACACGUCAAAGGGCAGCGCUAUAAUGGUACUGGUGCUACUGUGCUUCUACGCUGCAGGUUUUGGUUGGUCAUGGGGCCCUCUCUGCUGGUUAAUUCCAAGUGAGAUUUUUCCCUUGAAGAUCAGAUCCCCAGGACAAAGCAUAGCCGUUGCUGUGCAGUUCUUAAUGGUAUUUGUUUUGUCCCAGACAUUCUUGACAAUGCUAUGCCACUUUAAGUUCGGGGCUUUCCUGUUUUAUGCGGGUUGGAUUGCAGUGAGCACCAUCUUUAUUAUACUGUUCUUGCCCGAGACCAAAGGAAUUCCUCUGGAUUCAAUGUAUGCGAUAUGGGGCAAACACUGGUAUUGGCGUCGGUUUCUUGUUAAAGGACAAGUGAACCAAGUUGAUCUUACUUGAAUUAUUAGCGCAUGUUUGUAAGCAAAAUAAGAAAGUUGUUUGCCUCUUCCUCUAGUAUGGCUACAAGAACUAUGUACAUACAUGCAUGAAAUUUUACUACAAUA